AUGCCACACUUCAUCGGUUUGGCAAGUGCCGGCGUCCUAGCACUCGUCGUGCCAUACUCUCUUGCGGUUCCCUUCGUCUCCGAAGCUCAAACUACCGUGCAAUCCGAUGCGACUACGACAGUCCCUGUCGUUCCUGUGACGAAUGUGACCUCUCAUGGUCCAUAUACCGGCCCACCGGCUACGACAACCGGCGCACUCUCCACGGAGGUCACAGCUUUAACGAUUCCAAGCAGGCCACCAGAGCCCUACAAGCUGCAAUAUCCGGCAGACGGGCAGCUUCACCAACCACAACCCGCACCAUACACGCCCGGCGGUGGCCUAGGAACCAACGGGUCCGAGCCAGUGUAUCGCGUAAUAAGCGAUUUUGACUACGAGUCUAUUGCGUUGGCCCUCUACCAAGAGUGGAUAGAACUCGAUCUCUUCCAUUGGGGUUUAGCCAGGUUCUCCACCGAGGAGUUCGAAGCCGCCGGAUUGAAUGCCGAAGAUCGGUAUCUCAUCCAGUUCAUGGCUGAGCAAGAAGUUGGUCAUGCUACAGCUUUGACAAACUUGCUGGGAGAUAACGCUCCGGUCCAGUGUACUUAUAACUACCCAGUGACAAGCGUGCGAGAAUUCAUCGACUUCAAUCAGAAAUUAACCCGAUGGGGAGAGUCAGGCGUAUAUGGUUUCUUGAAUCAUCUUGAUUCGCGUGAAUCGGCUCAGAUACUUUUGCAGUCUAUCACAACAGAGGCACGACAGCAGCUCAUUUUCCGCCAGUUCGAUGGCCUCUUUCCUAUGCCUGUGUGGUUUGAGAUAGGCAUCCCGCAAUCCUGGGCGUGGUCCCUCCUGGCCCCGUAUAUCUCGUCGUGUCCGGCUAACCAGACUCGCCUGAUAUGGCAGAACUUCCCUUCACUACGCGUCAUCAACCAGCCAAACCCAGCUCGUAUCAACGGUUCUGACGCCUGGAACGAGACUACCGGCGGGUACGCGAACACACUCAGCACUCGAAAUAUAUCAGCAGCAGAGAGCUGCCUGCACGGUGGCAUCGGUCAAAACUGCAGUCCGGCCAUUACCCAUAAUAGGACCACCCCGUUAUCAUAUCCCGGCCGUCAAGUUUUCUUGAAGUGGGAUAGCCCUGGCAAUCUCAUCGGGCCAAACAACAGCUACGUCACUAGCAUGUCGGCAGGAUAUCCUAAGUUUGCCGCCUGGGUCUCUCAGCUCAACGUCACCUAUACCCCCUUACAGAAUAUCAAUGGCAACACUGCGUAUACCAUUCAACCUAACACCUCGACAUACGAAGGUGAUCCUGCUGUGAACGGUACCAUCUUCUUAGCUAUCACAGACGACGAUUUAUACGUCACGCCAUUCAACAUCACGCAGAUGAACCCACAUGUCAAUGCAUUGGCCAUCUACCAAGCGGGAUAA